UGAGAGUGUUGUGCGCCGUGCGCGUCGUCUCGUACUCUCGUCGGCAAGGGAGAGAGGAGGAGGCGGAGGAUGGCGGCGGGGGCCGCGACGGCGACGCUCCGGUGGGUGCUGCAGAUGCACCGGGACGUGCCGCGGGCGGCGCGGUUCUACGCGGAGGGGCUCGAUUUCAGCGUCAACGUCUGCACGCUCCGCUGGGCCGAGCUCCAGUCGGGGCCGCUCAAGCUCGCGCUCAUGCACACCAACGACAGCAAUCUUGCGUCGCAGAGAGUCUAUUCUUCAAUGCUAUCAUUCACUGUACCAGACAUUAACAGUACAGUUUCAAAAUUAAUGGCACUGGGAGCUGAGUUGGAUGGACCGAUCAAAUAUGAGAUCCAUGGAAAGGUUGCAGCCUUACGAUGCAUCGAUGGGCACAUGCUAGGCCUUUACGAGCCAGCUUGAAGAACUCAUGCCACAAUGAAAGUAACAUAAAGCCCCUCUAAUCACUCGCAAAUGACUGACUUGUGCGUUCAUUUGCUCCCGACAAAAGAUCUUUCGACGUAAGUUAACUGACUGGACCUGAAUGUUUUCUGAAGUGCCAGGGCUCCUUUGUUAGCAAAAUCAUGUGUAGAUAGCGUACGGGAACAGAGCAUAUGUUUCAGUCUCUGCCUUGUAUUGCUGGCUGUGCUGCACAUUUUCUCAAACUGAAUGCACCUAACAGUUCAUGACGGUCAGUUAUUUGCAGCUAAGUCCAUCAAAAGUAGUAUCUCCGGUGGUUUUGCUUGGUCGUGAACUUGGAUGGGUCGAUCUGGCAAUGUAUCUAAUUCAACAGUAGUAUCCCUGCUCAUCAGUGCAAUGUAUCGCCUUUGGAUAUCAUGUAAUUGAAAAUCUGAUAUAAGCACUUACUGCUUUGGCAGUUGUACGCUGAACAAUUGCUUUUCACUACAACAUCCUUUCUGUAUC